UUUUAUUUUAAUUAUUAAAAAAAAAUUAUUAAAAACAAAUUUAAAAAAGAUUUAAAAUUUAUCAUAUCGAAAUAAAAUUUAAUUAAAAUAUAUUAUUAACUAGAAAUAAAUUUAUAUAGUGUUUUUAAUUAAUGGAAACAAGAUCUUUUUUCAAUCUUAAACAAAUAUUUACAAAAGUUUGAUUAUAUUAAAUAUAAAAUAAAUAUUAAUAAAUAAAGAAUAUAAUCUUUUACAUUUAAAAUUUUUAUGGUUUUUUAAAAAUGGCUCAUCAAUGUAGUUGUGGAGGUAUACAUAAUGAUGGAGAAUUGGGUGUACAAUAUAAUUUGUAUCAGAAAAUUGAUAUAGAAAACAUAGAAUGUUUAAAUGAAUGUGAGGAAGGUAGUGGGGCUACUGUAUUUAAAUCAUGGGAAAAUAGAUUAGAUAGAAAUAAAUAUGUCGAAAGUGAUAUGGAUAAUGAACUUCUGUUUAAUAUUCCUUUUACUGGAAAUAUAAAAUUAAAAGGCCUUAUUAUUAUAGGAGGAGAAGAUGAUUUUCAUCCAAAUAAAGUAAAACUGUAUAAAAAUAGACCACAUAUGACAUUUGAUGAUAUCAGCACAGAACCAGAACAAGAGUUUGAAUUAUGUGUAGAUACAAAUGGGAUACAUGAAUAUUCUCUUAAGAUAGUUAAAUUUUCAUCAGUAUAUCAUUUAAGUUUAUACUUUAUUGGUACUGAAAGAACAGAUAAAAUAAAAAUUUAUUAUAUUGGAUUAAAAGGAGAAUGGUCACCUGCACAUCAACAUGGUGUUACUAUUUGUACUUAUGAAUUACGUCCACAAAUGAAUGAUCAUUCAAGAGGAGAUCUUGAAAAUAUUGAUAGAACAAUUAGUUGAUUUUAUAUUAAUAAAAAGUUAAUAGAAAACUUCACUUUAUAUAAAAAAAGUAAAAAAAAGUAAAAAUAAUUUUGAAAAUUAAUAUUUAUAAAAUAAAUAUUUAUAUUCAAAUAAAUGUUUAUUUACUUAUUUAAUUUUAAUUCAAUCAAUUUUAUAUGUUAAUAUUAUUACUAUAUUCUUAUUAUAUUAAUAAUUGCUUAGUUAUGAAUAGAUAUUAAAAAAUUAAUAAUAUUAAUAAAUCGAAAAAUACCAUGUAAAGCUAUAUUUUUUUAAAAAUUAUACCGACAAAUGUAUCCGAAUAUAAAUAAAUUAAUAUUAUAAUUAAUAUUAAAA